GAAACGUGCAUCACUGAGUGUUGAAAUGUUAAACCUAGAAUUCUGGAAGGGUCCUAGCUCAGCAAUCUCUCCCAGAGACAACUCCAGCAAACUGGAUUGAAUUACAACUGAAUUGAAUGCACUUCUACAGCACCUUCCCUCAGGGAUCUAAACCAAUUUUCUCACCAUUGCUAAAUGCUGAACUUCCCCUGUACCCUCACAGACAUCCUCUGCAGCUGAGGCUCUGAAAUACUGGAGGACACUGCAUCUUCCUCAGGGACACGGGCAAGGGAGAGCUGGAGCCUCUGGGGGGCUCAGAAGGGAAUUGUGGUUGGUGGUCGCCUGAGGAACUUACCUUCACCCCAAUGUUGCUCUGAAAGGAGUCGUGUCCAACAGUCAGGUUUGGUAAGCAAGGAGCCGUCAGCCAGUGACUGGGGAGAGAACAGCAGAUGGAAAUGAAAAACUGGGGACAGCCCUAGUGAAUGUCACCAGCUGAGCAGACCUGCCCAGGCCAAGAUCCUACAAGCAGCGAUCCCUUCUUUGCUCAGCAUUAUCCUGAGAUGCCUCAGGAACAGUACCCGCAGCGGAGCACCAUGCAGACCUCGGAAGGACCCCAGGUAUACAAAGUGGGGAUUUAUGGCUGGAGGAAGAGGUGCCUCUAUUUCUUUGUGCUGCUCCUAAUGAUUUUAAUCCUGGUGAACCUUGCUAUGACCAUCUGGAUUCUGAAGGUUAUGAACUUCACAAUUGAUGGAAUGGGGAACCUGAGGAUCACAGAAAAGGGUCUGAAGCUUGAAGGAGAUUCAGAAUUCUUGAAACCUCUCUACGCCAAAGAAAUCCGAUCAAGACCAGGCAACCCACUGUACUUCCAGUCCGCCAGGAACGUGACCGUGAACAUCCUCAACGAGAAGACAAAAGUCCUCACUCGCCUUGUAACAGGUCCCCAAGCAGUGGAAGCACACAGCCAAAAAUUUGAGGUGAAAACCCUCUCUGGAAAAUUGCUGUUUUCUGCAGAUGACAACGAAGUGGUGGUUGGAGCAGAGAGAUUGAGAGUUCUAGGAGCAGAAGGCACAGUGUUCCCUAAAUCUAUAGAAACUCCCAAUGUCAGGGCAGACCCCUUCAAGGAACUAAGGCUGGAGUCGCCCACACGCGCGCUGGUGAUGGAGGCUCCCAAGGGCAUCGAGAUCAACGCCGAGGCCGGCAGCCUGAAGGCCACGUGCAGGACAGAGCUCAGGCUGGAAUCCAAAGAUGGAGAGAUAACGUUGAAUUCUGCAAAAAUCAAACUACCUAACUUGCCUCAAGGAUCUUCCUCUUCUGCAGGGUCCAGGCAAAAAAUCUACGAGCUCUGUGUGUGUCCCAACGGGCGGCUGUUCCUGUCUCAGGCAGGCAGCAGCUCCACCUGCCAGAUAAACACGAGCGUCUGCCUUUGAGAGACAGUUUGCAGAGGGGCAUCACAGGCAGCACAAAAGCCAGUUCUGGUCUCACAGAUCCAGCUGCCAACUAUUUUUACUAGAACACAGAAAGCCUAUCAAAGACUUUUUUUGUGUGUGCGCGCGCGUGUGUGUGAAUAUAUAUAUAAAAAAAAUAUAUAUAAGAUAUAUAUAUAUAUCCUCUGUGUAAAAUGAUGUUUCAGUACAAGGAAUCCCAGGGUGACCCUGUUACAUUUGUGUAGCAUUUCUCUUUCCCACACCAAAAUUUACUGGUACAAUCUGCUGAAUUGGAUCUGAUGCUCCCCUGGACCCUUCUGUAUUAAGACAGUGCAAUGAUCACCCCUCGUUUUUGAUCAUGUUCUCAGAGCAAUGGGAUUGCUGGCUGGGCAAGACCCUGGAACCAAUGCAGACCCACCACCAUCCAAAGGGAAGAGAAGCAUCUCUGAUUAUUUUUGUGCCUUUAAAUCGGUGGCAUGAAAAAGAAAUAAUUUCAAAAACAACAAAGCAGCCAGAUGUGCUGUGCUGAUCACCUGCAGUGAUCCAAGAUACCUGAGGUUAAAUUACUCUUUAAUUAAAUUAUCACCUGAAGCAUGGCUCCCUGUUGGGAGAGAGGGAUGCACUUGGCUAACAGGAAAGUCCAGACCUUGCUGAAAUAAGAAAUGUGAUUUUCUGAACGGGUUCAACACUUUCCUGUGCAUGGCCAAGGAUGCCUUGUGCUAUUCAGGUGUGACACACCAGGUCCAACACUAACCUAAAAUCAUCUCUGUGCUGGCAAAACUGGUGUUGUACUUAGUUGUUGGAAAGGAACAAACUUGUGAAAGUUGGACUAAGUAGAAAAAUUCUGAACCUCUUUUGCCAACAGGUGUCCUGGAUCACCCUACAAACUCCCCAUUAACACCUUCAAUUUUGAACAUAUUUGGUGUGAAGGUGUGAAGAUUUAAGAAUCAGACACUGCCUAAAUAUCUGUAGAAACAGAGAAGAUCAGCUAGAAACUGAGAAAAUCAUAAAAUUAAGUAUAUAAUGUAGAUGCUACACCAGAAUUUUUGUCAUCUUUCUUUUCAAGAUACACAGUCCAAGGUCACUUAGAUUUGGUGGAAACUGCAAUUAUCAGAGAUGCUGAAAAUUAAAGGGUUUUUUUUAAGGAUUUAUAAAGAUUGUGACAAAGCCAGAUUACUGAAAGGAAGGGCUUUGGAUGCUGGUUCCUCUAGAAUUUGAGUCCCCAAAACUCUGUGGUUGAAUCUUAUCAUGGUUGCAUUUUUUCCUUAUUUUAAAGUCUAAGAGUCACAGGCAGGAUGAAACACAAAAAUCUGAUCUGGUAACAUUACUUCCACUUUUGAAGUUUUGGAAAAUAAUGAUAAGAGCCCAGAUCAUUGAAAUCUGACCCAUAAUUUCAUCCACAUGUAUGUAAAAAUCCUUUAAAAAACCAAAUAUACCAAUUAAGGCAAAAAUUUCCAAGUUACAAUAAAUCUCAAGAGGGCAGCAAGGUUUCUAAGCCACUGAGAUGCUUUUGAAAUAUUACCUCAUGUGCAAAUAAGACAGAUCUGUGCUCAUCUCUAGUGAUAUCUAACCAAAGCUGGUAUUCUUCAAGUGAUUUUCAAGAUAAAGCAUAGCUGACAGAAAUCUUUAGAAAUAAUUUAGUCAAUUUCCUUUUUUUACAGCUUUUCACAUAUUUUCUUGUGGUCUCGAGAGUACCAGGGUUUGAUUUUUUUUUUAUUUUUUUCUUUUUAAAUUAACAAUUCUGGCUUAAUCCAAAACUGAUUGGACUCAGAGAAGAUUUCUGUGGAGUUUAGAUUAGAUGUGUUGCUGCCUGACAAAGCAGCACUCCCAAAAACAUUUAUUCCUGAAAGAGGAUUGAAUUCUUUCCUUUUAUUUCAAUAAUGCUUUCUGAUAAAUCAACGAAUUCAAACUAUUUGUUAAUGAAUGAUUCCUGUAAUUAUUAUGUUUUGAGUCAACAUUUGAAUGCAAAGGGUCACCCAGGGUAACAAUUGUAUUGGGACACAGGACUGUACCAUCUCUGUUCAAAGAGGGGAAUUGUGCCUAUGCCUUAAGUCAAUGCACUCAGCAAGGAGAAGCACAUCAUAUUUAUCUUGUUAUUAAAUCUAGUUUAUUUGGGGGGAGGGACAGGAGGGUGUCUUGGGAACUGGUUGUGCAACCUAAAACAGAUAUUGAUGAAAUACAUUAAGACUGUAGGGGCACCUAGAAUGAUACAGACCUUUUUUUUUUUCUUACCAUGUUAAAUAUAGCAAAAUACUGUGUAUGUUACCUCUGGGACCAUGACUGAAGUCCCAUUCAUAGUCCUACAUUUACUGUAGAUUUUUUUUCCAUGUUUCAUUGAAUACUGAUCACAAACCUCAUAGCAAGCAUGGCCCAAUCCAUAACCAAAUCCUGUGUGAGCAGUUGGAAGACACGUGCUGCAGGAAGAGUUCCCUGACAAUGAAUCAGAGUAAUUCCCAGCCCAGGGGUGUUCAGGGGGGUGAGGAAGGCAGGGCUGAGCCCACCAGGGAUGCUGCAUCCUGAUUUCUGUGCUCCAGUCUGAUCACAGCAGUGGCUCAGUCCUCAUCCCUGUGCCACCCUCUGGCUGCUCCCAAUUUCCAUCCCAACAAAUUAAUUUUGAGUGCUGCUUUUCCCAGCUGGGCUCUUGGAUGAGGUUAUCACCUUCUCAUGUCACAACAGCCAUGACACUGCUAAGGACAUUCAUAUCUUGGUGUAAAUUUCUGCUGGGGAGCUGUUUAGGAAAUGACCUUAACAUCUGUGCCAUCACUGCAGAUGCUUCUCUAAGGUGAACAAGGGGUACCUUAAUUACAUCUCCUGAAAGAAAUUCUUAUUUCAAUAUAUUUUACCACCAUGUUUCUGUCUUAAAAACCAUAAAAUUAUGUGUUGUGUUGAAAUGUGAGGAAUUGUUUCUAGAAAGAAUUAACCCCUGUAGGAACUUGGAGAUCAUUUGAGCACCACUUCAGUUUUGAGACAGUGGUUUGGGUGAUGCUGCCUAUGCUGGUCAGCAAGUGGCAAACAUAAACACAGGCUGGGCAGAGAGUGGGUCAGGAAUAUUUCUGAGGAGAAGGCCUUGGGUUGUUGGUUGAGGAGAAGCUCAACAUGACCUGAAGUGCACUCACAGCCCAAAAAGCCAGUCCUGUCCUGGGCUGCAUCAAAAUCAGUCGAUGGAGGGGGUUCUGAGCUCUUGUGCCACCCCAUCUGCAGUGCUGUGUCCAGCUCUGGGGUUCCAACAUCAGAGGGAUGGGCACACAUUGGGCUGAGUCCAGAGGAGACCACAAAGAUGCUCUGAGGGCUGGUGGAGCCCCUCUGGGAGUGCUGGGGGUGUUCAGCUGCAGAAGAGAAGGCUCCAGGGAGACCUCAGAGCCUAAAGGGGCUCCAGGAGAGCUGGAGAGGGACUUUUUACAAGGGCAGGGAUAAUAGGGCAUGGAAGAAUGGC